CGACUGUGUGUGUGAACCAGGUUGCUGGGACUAACGUUGAUGAUUGGAUUUUUCUCUAAAGGGGAUCUCCUACUGAAAUAACCGAAUCUAAUUUAUGUAUGUGUUACCAAAAUGGCUCUAGGUUACUUGCUCAGGGAUACGAAUGAGCCGGGCAACCACCGUACCCUCCAUAUGACCUUCGUUACAUUCUAUGACAAGCGCAUGCUUCGCUUUCCGUCUUCUCCUUCCCCCUCCUCACCAUCAUGCUUCCUGCUAAGGUCUUUCUGGUGAGCGCUUUUGUGCAGACCGUAUUAUACGGCGCGUAUUCCGUUCUAUGUGUCACCUCAAUUUGGGUGAUUCUCACCAAAAAGACCGUCAAUCGCUGGAUCGCGGUCGUGUGCUUAAUCAUUUUUGGCUCAUCAACUCUCUACCUUGCAACAGUCUUACAACGUCUCAAAGAGAGCUUUAUCGUUCACUCCAAUCCCUUUUUGGCGACUUUCGUACUUUCGGACUCCGGACAUGUCAUGACAAAGCUUGCCAUAUCGAUUGGGGUUACCAAUAUAGCAGCUACUUCGAUUCUGAUUUGGAGGAUAUAUUAUGUAUGGAACUGCAGCUGGUGGCCGUGUGCCAUUCCUUGUGUCUCUCUGCUACUCUGGAUAGCCUUUCACAUUAAAGCCGUGGUUGAUGGGGAUUACGGCAGUGGAAGACAGAUCAUCCUUACCUUUGCAUUCUGGAUCGCAACAAACACUUUGAGCACUUGCUUGCUUGGUAUAAAGAUAUGGUGGGAGCGAUGGAGGAUUCGGAGGGAGUACGGUCUCAAAGUGUCGCGAACUCAGCAAUUUCACUAUAACCUCGUUUCUCUCGUCGUCAAUAGCGGGGUCAUUUAUACCAUUCUUAUCAUCAUUCUCUUCAUUCUCAUUAUCGUCGACAACCCUUCAAAGCGCGUACUUGCGGGCGUGGAUUGUCAAGUCCCUGGUAUCGUUACGUCACUAAUAGUCCUAUACACUGGCCUUGCGAAGCCAGGUAGCGAGGACAGUAUCAGAUACGACGACUCCCGUAACAACAUGACUGGCCCGACACUCAUAGCAACCAACCCGGACAUCGAAAGCAAAGGCAUGACCCCAUGCAAUUCUGCCAAUACCAGGGAAGAUAAAUGCCGAGAGGCUGUGCCUCCGAAAGGCGUAAUCCCUGUUGACGUCGGUGUCGAGAGUGGGGUGGAGUUACUUGACGAAGAGGAGCAACAAAUGGAGGGGACUCUGAGGAACGUCUCGCUCGGUGGUGUCGAGUGGAAAAGUGAAAUUACUCUAGCGACUAUCAACUUUCCUGAUUUACUGGAGGCCACGGAGGAAAACCCCGAAGAUCUAACAAACGCCCCGCCAGCUCGGCCGAUGAUCACACACAGAGCUGAAUUCUGGCACAACGGUAUCCCUGAACUGAAGUGGACACCGCGUGAAUUAGCGCCUGUGCAUGAGGACAUGGAGCCAGGGUCGAGCACCAAUGUUCGACAGCUCGGGAAACGCUUAUGAUACGUUCCCGAUCCUUCGCCUCUUCCACCUUCCCUUGCAUCCCUCCCUCUGUUAUGCGCUGUCGCCUUCGCCACUACCACCAUCAUUGUCAUCGCUUUCUCAAUCGUUCACCCGCACUCAUGCACUGCCACUUCUUCAUUGCUUUCGCCUUGUUAGGUACUCACUCAGCGAUACAACAUAUUUUCUCCCAACUGCGCGGUCACUCUGCCCAUCGUACAUUCUUCAUUCUUUGUCAUAUACCCCCAGCUGUCUCUAUGUCUGGUGUGAUGGGUAUCCCACUGCUAGCUUGCUAGCUUGCGGUGCUUGCCAUGCACACAACCCACAUGCACACAUCAACACACUCUUUUUCCUGUUUUCCAUGUAGAUAUCCGCAUCCACAUUCUGCACAACAUACCUGCCUAUUUUUCAUUGAAAGUAUAAUAAUAUUGGUUCAUUGAC